AUGGAGGGUUGGGAUCCAAACACGAAAUCAACACUAACUCAGAUCCCGCUGCUAACAACGAAGGCCGGUCCAAGAGAUGGAGCUGCAUGGACAACUAGGCUGAAAGAGGAAUACAAGGCUUUAAUCGCCUACACACAGAUGAACAAGUCAAAUGACAACGAUUGGUUCCGUAUCUCGGCAGCCAAUUCAGAAGGGACACGUUGGACUGGCAAGUGCUGGUAUGUGCAUAACCUUCUCAAGUACGAGUUCGAUCUUCAGUUUGAUAUUCCUGUUACUUAUCCUUCUACAGCCCCUGAGCUCGAGUUGCCUCAGCUUGAUGGAAAAACCCAGAAGAUGUAUAGAGGAGGGAAGAUUUGUUUGACGGUUCAUUUCAAGCCGCUCUGGGCCAAAAAUAGUCCUAGGUUUGGCAUAGCACAUGCACUUUGUUUGGGUCUUGCUCCAUGGCUUGCUGCAGAGGUACCAAUUCUUGUGGAUUCUGGUAUGAUUAAGCACAAAGAUGAUGCAACCUCAACCAGUGAGUCUUAG